AUGCUUUUUAUUAUGUUUUGAAAAAUUGGCCGUGUUCCUUGCCUCCUUGGCUCAAUAGUACUGAGAACUCCAAUUCAACGAAGAAAUGGUCAGCCCGAGCUCCAGAAGAAUGAUUGGUAACGUGAGGUCCUUCGUCGGCAACUCACUUGGAGGAUUGCGAGGCUGGAGUAAUCUUGCCUCCUGGGCCGUCGCCGGCACUCUCGCAUAUUUCCUCUGGGUCAAGCCCGCCCGAGAGCUUAAGGCAGAGCAGGAGAGAGCAGCUUUAGCUGCAGCUUCAGAUCCUAAUCGUUACAUUGAGAAAAGAAAGCCCGUUCCUGAUCCACAGGACACUGGCUUGAUAUAUGGCAAGAGAACUGAAACCAAGAAACCACAGAACUGAUUCAUCAUGAAAUUUGACAUAACGGGCACAACCCCUCCUAAUCUUUUUUAUUUCUUGUAAAUUUUCAAUUCCAACUUCUCUAUUUUGCGUUAGCUCGUCCUGCUUAUCAUUUUUUUCAAGUUUGCUUUAAUGCGACUUGGCUUUGAAUCAGAAAAAAUAAGAAGCCUUCUCCGUUUCACUCAUUUAACUGCUAAAAUAAAUUUGUGGACAUGUGCAUUUGUUUUGUAUAUCGAUGUGAAGAAUGUUCAUAUUUUGCUAGUUCUUGGAUUAUACUUUAUUGCUGCAUACAAAGAAUGCUGAAGUCAGAUAAUGAAAACAGAUCAAUGAGUUUUGGCUUUA